AGUUUCCACUACAACUACCCAGGAAAUGCUUUACAAAUACCGCAAAUCCUCAAGAUGACCAGCGUCGACGACCUUUUCAAAAAGCCGAACCUCCCCUCGGGCUCGAUCAAGCGCAAACUGGAAACACCCGACGCGCAAGCAGCAUACAAAGCCACCAAGCUAUCCGCCGAGAGCUCCCCAAACGGCACGCAUGCGAACGGAGCAACAGUGGAAGAUGCAGCCGACGAUGACGACGAUCUAGAGGCUGGGCCAGACCUUCCUCCUGACGAUGAAGAAGGCGACGAUGAAGAAGGGCGGUUUUUCGGAGGCGGUGUCACGCGAGAUACCGCGGACGCGCUGGACUACAUCGAUCAGCAGGACGAGGAGGAUAUACAGGAGGAGAAGAUUGAUGCAGCGUGGCUGAAGAGCCUGGUCGUCAGUUUCGAGAAGAAGGUCGGCAAGAAUGCAGAGUUGCGCGCGCGGUAUGAGAAUGAGCCGCAGAAGUUCAUGGCGAGCGAGGCGGACCUGGACGCUGAGAUCAAGAGCUGGAGUCUGCUCAGUGAACACCCGGAGUUGUACCAGCAGUUUACGGAGAGCGAAAGUUUGGCCAGUCUGGUGGGGCUGCUUGCGCAUGAGAAUACCGACAUUGCCAUUGCGGCCAUUGAAAUCAUCUCCGAGCUGCUAGAUGAGGAUGUCGAGGCGGAGCAGGAGCAGUGGGACGCGUUGGCCACCGCGCUUCUCGAUGCAGAUCUGUUGGAGCUACUCAUGAGCAACCUCGCUCGACUGGACGAGAACAACGAGAGCGACAGAAGCGGUGUCUACCACAGCUUGGCGGUCAUGGAAAACCUGGCCAGCCAGCAAGGCGUAGCUGAGAAGCUCGGACAAGAGAAAGUGUUGAAUUGGCUUUGCGAUCGCAUACGCAGACCGGAUAAGCCGGUAGGACAAAACAAGCAGUAUGCGGCGGAGGUAUUGCAAGUGCUUUUGCAGUCUUCACCAACGAUACGGAGACGCCUGGCGGUGGACGUGGACGGGGUAGAUCUUUUCUUACGCCUACUGUCUACCUACCGAAAACGAGACCCAGAAAAGGAGAGCGCGGAAGAAGAGUACGCCGAGAACAUCUUCGACGCAUUGACUUGCGUGGUAGAUGAGCCGGCGGGCAAGACCAAGUUUGUGGAAGCAGAAGGUGUCGAGCUAUGCCUCAUCAUGCUCAAGGAGGGCACAUUCAGCAAAGUCCGCGCCCUCCGACUGCUCGAUCACGCGGCUGGAGGACAGGAUACAGCGGCGGCGGCAGUGUGUGAACAAAUUGUAGAAGCGGCUGGACUCAAGACGCUCUUUGGAGUGUUUAUGAAAAAGAUCGACAGCACGACAGUUGAGCACUUGCUGGGGAUCUUCGCCGCUUUGUUGCGUCUACUGCCCGGCGAGUCAGCCGCACGCAUCCGCACGCUCGCCAAGUUCUCCGAGAAACAAUCUGAGAAACUCGUCAAGCUACUACGACUACGGGCAGAAUGUGCACGCAAGGUCGCGGCAGUCGAUGAGGAUAUUCAGCUCGAGCGAAGGAUGCUGGACGACGAAGAGCAAGAGGAUAGGGCGGACGAGUUCUUCUCCCGCCGGCUGGAUGGUGGGCUGUUCUGUCUCCAGACCGUGGAUCUCAUUCUCGCCUGGCUGGUUGCGGAGGAUCCGAGUGUUGAGCAGACCAUCACGGCAGAGGGAGGAGAGGGCGCGCUGAAAGCCAUCAAGGCUUCGCUGGUAGAGCAGCGGGAGGGUUUGGAUCCGAAAGCUCCGGAAGACGAGGACAUGAGAGACAUGCUCAGCACUCUCAUCGGAUUCCUCAAAUAGUAGUCAAUCACUCCAUAGUAGAAUUGACUUGCUCCUCCCCUCG